CAUCCCCUUCCCAGCCUCAGCCAUUGGUCGCGGGGCAGCCCUGGGACGUUCUAUAAAACCACCCACCCUGGAGUCACGGGAGCAAGGAACCCGCAGCACCAGCCCCCACAAAAGCCACCUCCAGGAUCCAAAGCACUGCAGUUCUCCAGGACAUGCCCAGCAAGGAGCUGUGAGAGGGCUGAUCCCAGGAGCACCCGAAUUCGAGGGUCACCAGGAAGAUCCAAGCAGGACCCCGAGGCCAUCCCAGGAGCAUUAUGAGGACUCCUGCCCCCAGCUCUGCCAUCGGGUCCCCGGCAGGAGCGAUCCCAGCUCUCGCCACUCUGGCCCUGUUCCUGGCUCUCCUGUUCCCCGGGACUCACGGACAGACCCCAUGGGCGGUCCAGGAGAGCCCRGUACCCCUGGAGGUGCUGGGCCAGGAGCAGGCUUACAGCCUGGUGCAGCCCGGGCUGCUGCGGGGCGUGCCAGUGUCCAACGUGUCCGAGAGCGCAGCCGGGGGCCCCUCGGAGCCGCCGCUGCUGCCCGUGUGUGCCAARCCCGCCGACAUCCGCCACGUCUUCAAGUACAUCAACACCAUCGUGUCCUGCACCAUCUUCAUCGUGGGCAUCAUCGGCAACUCCACGCUGCUGCGCAUCAUCUACAAGAACAAGUGCAUGAGGAACGGGCCCAACGUGCUCAUCGCCAGCCUGGCGCUGGGGGAYCUGCUCUACAUCCUCAUCGCUCUGCCCAUCAACGUCUACAAGCUCCUGGCCAAGGACUGGCCCUUCGGAGUGCAGGUCUGCAAGCUGGUGCCCUUCAUCCAGAAAGCCUCGGUGGGCAUCACGGUGCUCAGCCUGUGCGCCCUCAGCAUCGACAGGUACCGGGCAGUGGCGUCCUGGAGCCGCAUCCAGGGCAUCGGGAUCCCGGUCUGGAAGGCYGUGGAGGUGCUGCUGAUCUGGGCUGUGGCCAUCGCACUGGCCGUGCCCGAGGCCAUCGCCUUCGACAUGGUGGAGCUGAGCUACUGGGAGCAGCACCUGUGGGUGUGCAUGUUGGCCUCGGAGCAGAAAUCCCGCUUCAUGAGGUUCUACCGGGAUGUCAAGGACUGGUGGCUUUUUGGCUUCUAUUUCUGCCUGCCCUUGGUGUGCACGGGCAUCUUCUACACCCUCAUGUCCUGCGAGAUGCUGAGCAAGAGGAACGGCAUGAGGAUUGCCCUGAACGACCACAUGAAACGGCGCCGGGAGGUGGCCAAGACCGUGUUCUGCCUGGUGGUGAUCUUCGCGCUCUGCUGGCUGCCCCUGCACCUCAGCCGCAUCCUCAAGAAAACCAUCUACGACCAGACRGACCCCAACCGCUGCGAGCUGCUCAGUUUCCUCCUGGUGAUGGAUUAUUUCGGGAUCAACAUGGCCUCCCUCAACUCCUGCAUCAACCCUGUGGCUCUGUACUUUGUCAGCCGGAAAUUCAAGAAUUGCUUCCAGUCGUGCCUGUGCUGCUGGUGCCAGCGGCCAGCCCUGAGCAUCACCCCCACGGAUGAGAAGGGAUCUGUGGGAAAGUGGAAAGCCACGGGGCAGGAGCUGGGGUUGGACCGGAGCAGCUCCCGCCUGAGCAACAAGUACAGCUCUUCCUAAAGCCCUGUCACCUGCCAAGGACAAGGCACAGGGACAGCAGGACCCCUCCGAUCCUCUCCCAGGCUUUUCCUGGCUGGGCCUGGAGCAGCUUUGCCCUCCUGUCCUACCCCACUGGGAAGGAGCUGGAGCGUUUCCUCAGGACCRGCUCCACACCCAGCCCCUGCUGCCAGCGACUGCCUCUGCAGGAGAGGGAAGGGGAUUCGGAUCCUCACGGGAUUUUUCAUUCCUUGCAGGAAAACCAAGGRACUUCUGGCCUUUUGCCUGGGGGUGGAAGGUGGGGCGGGGGGAUGUGAGUGGAAAGGAAAGGRAAGUCGGUGUGGUCACUUGGAGAUGGAUGUGGGGUGAGGAGGAGAGGGAGAGUGACAAUUCCAGCUGUGACAGCCACCCAAAGCUUGGAUAAAUCCCUAGCUGUGCUGCUGGGACCAUGUGUCCCUGGGCAGAGAGGGAGCCAGGAUGGAUCCAGGUGCUGGGACAUCUCCUUCUGCUUGGGGUGAGCACAGAAGGGCAGUGACUCUGCCACUGUCACCCACCUGGCCCAGGGAKCCUUCAAAGCCUCCUCCUCUUCCUCUGCCCCAGGAAACCCGCCCCAGGCUCUGGCCUGGGGAUAAAGGUCACCCCACCUGUGACCACAGGCCUUGGGGACCAUUGUCCUGGCUCCAUGCCCUCCAGCCAAGCCAUGGGCUCAGCUCCCCCUCCCCAGGGAUGGGAGAGCUCCUGGGCACUGCUCUUCCUUCCAGAGCAGAGCUGGCAAUCCCAGGAAAGGGAAGGCAGUGACAGUUCAGAUCCAGGGCCCAGCCCUCCCCUUCCCAGCCCCCCGUGGCACCUGGCAGC